AUGAAUAACUUUAAUAACUUCCAUGAUAUUUUGAGGAAUUUAAUGUUUAAUAACACAAAUUAUAAAAAUUCAUUAGAAGACAAAAGUAAAGUGCAAGAAAUGCUAUUUAAAAACAUUACCGAAGACUUUGAUGAAGAAGCCUGGGAUAAAUGUAGAGGGAACGUUGAAAAAUUAGAAGAUGUCUCUAAACAAAUACUUCAUAUUACGGAACCACAAAAUGUAACCACAAGUGAUACAUUUACCCUUACGGAAGAGAUAUUAAAUUUAUUGAAAACUAAAGAAGAUUUAAGCUGUUAUAGGGAUUGGAUCUCAUGUUUUAUUGGUGAAGUUGUUAAAAAGGUAGACCAUGAGACUUGGUUUUAUGUAGCAGCUGCUUUUAACAGAAAGAUAAAGUUGGAAAAAUCAGAUUUUAGACAAAAUGAAAAAAUCUAUAUUACUCGAAUUGAAAACAUUUUAAAAGAUGUUCAAAUGACAAUUUCCGAAUUUGAGCUGUUAAUGAGAAUGAAAAUGAUUAGUAAUGUUGAAUUUCACAAAAGUAAAACUCAAACUAUGAAGGAAGCAAAAGAACAACUGGAUUCACUUUCAAAUGAAUUGAAAGAUUUCAAACCCCCACUAAAAAAACUUUUUAAUGCAUUAGAAAAAUAUUGGUCAGAUGUUUAA